AUGGAAGACGACACAGAUGGCGCGUUUCACGACGCUACGCCUACACCACCAGGCCCGGAUCUGAUCUCCGGCCUGCCCGCGGAGUUGAAGUACAUGGUGGUGAGCAAGAUUACCAACAAAAAAGACCUUUCCAACUUGUGUCUCAUGAGCAAAACCUGGAAUGAUGUCGCGCAACCUGCACUGUGGCACGCGUUUGAAAUCCCAAUCUAUGGCAGAAAAAAGUCGCACAGGCUAUUGGACGCAUUAGCUAACCCAGCUUGCAUUCCAGCAAAGCACAUCCGACGGAUCAGACUGUCGUCGAUCUAUUACUGUCAUCAAUCGUUGGAAAAGCAAAUAUGGGAGACAUUGGGGCUUAUCAGCCUGAAUUCUUUGGCGGAGUUUUGUGCUGAGGACGUUCCUAGCUUCAGGAUCUUCGAGAUCUUGAAGAACCAAAGCCGUCUUACCGAUCUUACGGUAAAGAACUUGGAAGUCGAAGGAGAACACGGCACCCCGGACAUCAGAACCCAAUUGCACCAAGAGCUGGCUUUGCAAAACCUUUACUUUGCUUCUGAGUUGCAUUCCAAGACUGAAAAUGUAGAUGAGGAGUUUUCAGCUAUUAUCCCCAUCAUUAUGAAGUCCCCUAGACUUCAGAAGCUCUCAAUCAACAUCACCAAAUAUUAUGACGGCCCACUUACAUUUCCGGCUUCUGUCUUCAACCGACUAUUCAUGUCAUCGAGGAGCACACCAAUAACGGAGCUCAGACUAAAAGGCAUUGAUCUUACCAAAGUCAACCACUCGGACCUCACAACCCUUAGCUUCGACGCCUUGAGGGUCCUACAUUUAGAAGAGUGUACUUCAACGGCGCCUCUUCUGGAUAGUCUCGCCGCCAUGCACAGGCAGUUGCAAGAACAAAAGUCGCAGGCCAAGCUAGAGGCAUUCGCUUACGUCACGCCACAACAUGACAAACCUGAAUGGCCAACGUUACGAUCUAGCCUCAAGAGAUUUCUCUCUUCCUUCUCAAGUCUGCACCGAUUGACAAUUGUAUGUCGGGACGAUGACUACACAUGGCUAGGUUUCGAGCUUUUCGAACUGCACGCCUCUACGCUUGAGUUCCUACUUUUUGAGUCAGAAGCGUACCCUCUGGAAGAUCUCAAGUUGAUCUGUACGCAUUGUGAACACAUCGAACAGCUCGGCAUGCCACUUCCAGAUACGUCGGACGAGCCCAAGGACAACCAGAUUCACUACGAGAAUGACGAAAUUCCUUCAUAUUUGAAACAGCUUGCUCGUCUUCCAAAGCUGCACACUUUGCGGAUUACGUCUGGAGACUAUCUCCGGUAUUUGAAUGACAGCGCCCUGGCCAGAUCGUGUCUUCUAGAUCUAAUCAGACACGGGAGCAAGAUCCAGGUCUGCGCAGUCCUGCUGGUGUCUCCAUUCGAAAACUGCGACUAUCCGGUAUACUGUCGUGUUCCCGCACGACGAGACGCAGAUGGGUGUACUGGAGAAGCUAAAGUGGUGAAGGUGGAAUACGGUGAUGCGAAUCUGGAUCUGGAGAAGACAUCUAUACUCGGGGACUAUCACCCGGAGGAAUGGGAUGUUCACUUCAAACCGCUAUGAGAUUAACCUUUUCUACCUCUUUAUAAUAUUGGGAAACACUCAAUAUAGCUUGCUGGCUGCCAAAGUCAGUGAUAGGACAAGACUUCUCUUACCUUUCCGGUAAAAGAAAUAUUGUCACGAGACUAUACCUAGCUACAAUUCGGACAGCUCUUGUCACCGUUUGGGGUUGCAAUAUGCGCCCUGCAAUACAUAACAAUACUCUACC